CCAAGCUCCGCGAGUAACUGUGCAGCAGCAAUUCCGACCAAUACACAACCAGGUACAGCAGAAGGCUGUGCCAAGUACGUUCAAGUCAACCCUGGCGACACCUGUGAGAGUAUUGCAGAUGCCAUGGGCAUCGAUGUGGAAGAUUUCGAGAGCUGGAAUCCGCAGGCUGGGGCGGAAUGCUAUAACCUUUGGGCGAAUUAUUAUGUUUGCACGUCGGAGCCUGGAGAGUGCAGUGGCAAUGACACCACAUCCACGCCUGUUGAUAGUGAUGGAAGCCCUCCU